CGUGCGGCGUGCCUCGUCGCCAUUUUGUCGUUCAUUUCGGACGCCGCAACGGAACGGAGGAGACUGCGGACAGCGCUGGCGCGCCCGUGUUGGCAUCCUGCAUUAUUAGAAAUAUGACGCAGUUCCAACAUAAAUGUGAUAUUUUCUACAACCCUCUCAGUUAUAUAGCAUUCCUACUGUUAUUAGUGAUUUUGGAUAAAACAGAAGAAAGAAGCCACUGCUAAUUAAGGAUUAAUUAAAACGUGAUUUUAUGUUACAUACAUAAAAAGCUGUGAUUUGUGUAGUGUCUUUUUGAUUCCGCAAAAAUGGAUUCGGAGUACGAUCGGAAGUUCGAGGAGAUGAAGAAGUACAUUCCCUUUUUGGAGAGUAUGAUUAAAAGACUGGAAGGCACGAGCUCGGGUUCCAAUCCGCGGCAGGCGCAGCUUGAUAAAAUUAAAUCACUGAGGGACUUGCUUAUGGAUAAGAAGAAAAGGAUGAAAAUGGAAAAUUUACUGAAAUGCGAACAAGUAUUAGUUAAUUUGUAUGCAAAGGUUGAACAGCGUGAUGCAUUACCGAGACCCAAAAACGACGAAUCGGCGAAAAAAGAAAAAAGUGAUUUAAAUUUAGUAAGAAGCAAGCUCAAGUCUGUCGUAUCAAAGUUACAACCGGAUCCUGUUGAAACUUUGCCAGAAAUAGCAAGAGCCAGUGAGACUGAAGAAGUAUGUGUGCCUGGUAGUAAAGAACCAGCGUUGUUUCAACGUAGACCAAAUAUGCCGUCGUUGACGGUGUUACAACUCUCUCCAAGUAAAAGCAAAGAUUCUUCCAUAGCUAAGCGGAAUUAUACUCGGAUUUUAUUAUCCCCAGAACCUAGUGAAACUUAUUGGUCUAACGAAACAUCGCCUGAACAACCACUUUUUAGUAGACGUUCACCCAAGAAAUCACCACGGAAACGCUCACCAACUUAUCACAAGAAAGAACGUAAGAAAAUCUUGAAAAAUAAAUUUAAACCCAAUCAGUCCAAAGACCUUAAUAUAACUUUAAAUGUGCCAGAAGAUAGCUUAAACUCAUUGAAUACAAAAGAUAUUUUGUCGAGAAUAAUAAAUUGUAGUGAUAGUGAUGUUGACAUAGCAACAUUGCGUGAACUGAGAACGCAAAUUCUUGGCGAAUUGAAGGAAACAGGAGCUAAUGAUGAUAUAUCCGACAUAAUAUUAAAGUCGUAUAAAAAUAAAACGAACAAACAAACUAAAGACAAGAAAAUAGAAGGCUCAAAAAUUAAGAAGUCUGAAAUCGAAGAAGGAGAGCUUUCUGAUAGUGAAAGUGAAGCUAUAGAAAGUAUUUAUGGUAGUCUUGUUGUAUUAGAUAAAAAUAAAUCUGUUUGUGUAGGAAAUAAAAGUUUAGAUAAAGAUAAACCACGUAAAAUACAAAUAUGUCUCGUAAUUAACUCUGAUAAAACUAAACCUAUUGCACAGGAUAGCAAUGUUGAUACAUCCGAUUUUGAAACCUUUAAUGAUCAAAAAGGAAAAAAAAAUAAUGAAGAAUCGGAUUUAGAAAAUAUAUCUUCAACAAGUGAACAAAAUAAUGAUAACAUGACCGACAUUUCUGAGGAUUUAUUAUAUAACGAAUUAAUCUUGGACCGUAGUAAUACCGACCUUGGAGUUGAAACGAAAAUGCCUGAAAUGCUUCAUAUUAAACAAGAUAAAAGCAAAAUUGGUGAAACUAAUCUUGAAUGUAAAAAAAUUAAAGAAAUUGGAAGCGAGAAAAAAAGUUCUGAAAAUGUGGAUACUAUUGAACCUAACUUCUAUAAACCUAUAUUGCAAGAAGAAAAUAAGAAUGUAAUUAACACUUCUAAAGAAACUGAAAAAUUAGAGCAUAACUCGGAGUCACAUUCUAACAGUAAUAAUAUUACUGUUAGUAGUGAGGAAACUGAUGACGAUCCUGUUAAUAUACCGUUAUUAGAACCAACGAAACCAAUAUUGGAACCAUCGAAAGAAGUGUCAGAAAUUGAUAUACUGCAAGCUUUAAAAAAAGAAAUCUUAAGUGAAACUACAAAUGUGCUAAACACUAAUACAACAAUUUCUACCUUAAGUACGCCACUGUUACAUCAGCCGAAAAUUACAAAAGUUGUCAAUGCCAAAGAAAUAGGUCCGAAAAAUAGAAUUUCUAUUGAAAGCUAUAAAGCUAAAGCUAAUACUUCUUCUAGGCCAAGUUCUACUGUUAAAAAUGAUGAUGUUAAAGAUGACAUUUCGAAAAAACAAAGUCUGAAAUUGACAGAAAAAGAAUGUGAAAGGUUCAAUUUUUUCUCCAAACUAACUUUAACAGAAAGUUCAGAUGAUGAAGAUAAAUCGAGUAUGUCUUUGGAUGAUAUAUAUACUGAUUUCGCUCCAAAAUCGCCUGAUCAUGAAGAUUUUGCUGAUACGGGGAUUAAACCACCUGUUAUUAUCCCAAAUGAUCCAGUACAGGCAAAAGCAGUUGGUUCAGAAACUGAUGUUGAUAUGAGAAAGUUAUUACCAAAUGCCAGUGAUUUGUCUAGUACACCUUUAGUCGUAGAAAUGUCAAAAGCAAAUAAUUUUGAGAAAGAAAUUUGCCAUAUCGAUGAGAGAGUCGCACGAGCUUUACUUGAUCCUAGAAUGAAGAGAGAUAUUGCCUCAGUGUCUAAUCAAGAUACUGUUAAUAUACAAUUGGUCGAUGUUGAAAAAAUACAAUCACCAUCGAAUUCAAAUAUAAACAGAAAUCCAUUGAUCAAUGUACAAAGUUUACAUAUGCCAUCAAAUGUAUCAUUAAAUAUACCUCCGAAUAUUCCACCUUUGUUGCCAAAUAUAGGCCCUAACCUUACCCUUAAUAUGAUUCCCAAAAUUCCUUUGGUCAUGACUCCGAGUAGAACACCAAAUGCUGCAAAAAUGACUCCUAGCAGAACUCCAAAUAUGACACCAUCCCGCCACACGUUUGACAGUGAAGAUUAUUCCAGUCAUAAGCAUGUAUAUGCACCGAUGUUUCCUGCUAGCGAAUCGCGAGAUAAUAUAGACAAAUCAAGAGAAAAUAACCAAAUGCAAUGGGAUACAUCUGGUGGUGUUGUUUCAAACUGUCCUGUGCAGAGGGACACUGAUUAUAGGGAUCAAAUUAGCAACUCCUUGCAAGGAGAUAAAGAUUACAGAAGCAGAAGCCACUCUGUGCAAAGAGAGAUUGAUUAUAGAGAUGUGAGAAACGGUUCUGUGCCAAAUAGUCAUAGUUUUGACCAAAGUGAUCGUUUGCACUUUCCGACUGCACCUAACAAUCAAUUUGGUAGAGUAGACUGUCCAUCUACUCCAAUAGUGUCAUUUGGAAGACUAGACUGUCCACCAACUCCAACGCCGUCAUUUGGAAAUCUAGACUGUCCACCAACUCCUACACCGUCAUUUGGUAGACUGGAUUGUCCACCUAAUCCAACACCAUCAAUUGGAAGACUAGAAUGUCCACCUACUCCAAUGCAUCCUUUCGGUAGAUCAGAUUGCCCAUUACCUCCUAGUCACCCUUUUGGCAGGGGUGAAACACAUCCUUUGCUUACGCCAAAUUUUGCUAGAUCCGAUUACAAUCAAUCUUGCCCAAGGUCGUACGAUCCUAGAUUGAAUAGAAAUUCUGAUUAUGACAGUAAUCAGUAUCGAGAUGAUGAUCGUGAACGCGCCUUUUUGCAAGAACGAAAUUUUUACUCUAAUCCCUACAAAACUGAUCAUCAUAAUAGAGAACAGUAUAGAAGGUACAAUUGUGGACAACGUGGAGAAAGAAACGACAGAAAUAAAAACUAUGAUUCCAAGCAUAAUUACCGAGAAAAAGCCCCUCGCCAUGAAAUAAGUGGUACUCGUUCAUACAAUAGGGAAGAUAGAGAUUAUGGUCGUUCAUUUACAAGAGAAUAUGAGGGUGAUCGAUUUUCUAGAAAUCGUAGCAACCGUGGUAAAAGCUAUGACUAUCGAAACCGUAAUGAUUCUAAGAACUAUGAUGAUUUCAUUCGUCGUAGCUACCAAAGCGAAAGAAGCGUUGGAAAGUCGCAAGAACCCUCAAAUACAAUUAAAGAUCGCAAAGCUUAUUCAAAAAUGUCAGAAGAAAAUAAAGUAUGCGUAAACCGAAGUGGUGGUGAUGGUGAACCCUCAUUUACUAUUGAUACAAGUAUAAAAAGUUCCUUUCAAUUUAUUAAUUCUAGACGAAAAUCCUGUUCAAGUUUUGAUGCAAGAAGGCAACGCGCCUCAAGCCUUGGUCGCUCAUUAUCUCCCAUAGAUAAGACUUUACCCCAUGAAACAACACGCGUAUUUAAUAAGACAUUCAACAAUGCAGGAAACUUUACACGUGCUCGUAGUGUAGGACGAGAGGUUGAAGAAAGCAGACUUGACUUCAAGGAUAUUAAAGCAGAUCUUCGGUCGUUUAAAUUUAAUGCAGAUUUCAGAUUUUCGAAAGACACCUUAAAAAAUGAUUUAAGCCGAGUGUCAGUUGGAAGUCCUAAAAAUUUUGGCUAUUGCAAUGAUCGAAAUCUUGAAGAAACUUAUGACAAAUCAAAUCCUUAUUCGAAAUACUCAUUUAGAAAAAAUAAUAGAGAUCCAAGGAUGCGCAUUGAAACUACACGUACUCCUAAAGAUUAUAAGAGUAGCUCACGUGAUUCAAAAAAUUAUGGUAUUGUUUAUUCAAAUGAUAAUAUUUCUAAAGGUACAAUUUUAGGCUCUGGGUACGGUGUUAAAAAUUAUAAAAUUCCUAAAAUUAAACGGCCGCAAGCAGAAACCAGUAAAACAGCAAAUGUUGGUGAUGAAGAAAAUUUAUCUUGCUCCAAAAAUCUGCCUUUAGACUCAAAACAAAAAGAUAUGCAAAAUAAAUCUGAAUGUGAAAUAAAAGAAAAUAAUACUAAGAAUACUUUAGAUGAACAAAAUAAUACCUUACUUAAAAAUAUUAAACAAAAAGAUGUUCAAAAUUUUAUACACUGUGAUAAAAAAGAAUUGGUAAAUGAUACUAAAGAGGAAAAAGUUGAGACAGAGAACAAAGAAAUUGAAAAUAAUGAAUAUGAAAUGAGUCCAAGCAGGAAAAACAAUACUAAGAUCCAAAAACAAAAGAAUUUACAAGUUGUAAAAAAUAAUAAUACAAAAGAAUUAUCGGAUGAUGAAAGUAUUAAAAAGCAAAAAGAAAUAGUUACAAAUUAUCUUAAUUCAACAUCGGAUUCAAUGGAGGGUUUCGAAAAAAGAGUCACAAGGUCAACUCGGAAAACUUUGCUCGAAGAACCCAUGUCAUUAGAUUAUUCACCCAUUAAAAGAAUAAGAAAAGUGAAAAAACCAUUAGUUGUUGAGUCAGACUCUGAUGACAACGAUAAAUUGGUAGAAUCAAACUCUGAAAAAUCCAAGAAGAUUUCACAGAUAGCGUCAACUACUGAAAAUGAAGCUACCAAUAAGCAAAUUCCUUCCUUAGAAGAUGCAGAACAUGAUCAAAGAGAUGAAAAGACGAAGGAACUUGGAGAUACUAAAAAUAAUGUGCUAUGUUUAAAUACUAAAGAUGAACCAGAAACAAUCUUAGAAAUAAGCAAACAAGAAGCAGAAACCGAAAUUAACUUAUCUGAUGAUAUUGGCUCUGGAAAACCAGAGAUAGAUAUGAGUGGUAACGAAGAUUCAACACUAAAAAAAUGUGUGCUUGUUGAAAAGGGUAAACCGAUUCAAGAUGAUUUGGAUUCUAGCUUUGGUCUUACUGAAAUUGAGAUGUUUACUGAUAAUGUAACAUCAGAUCCAGUUAUUGAUAGUAUCAAUGCUCUUAUAGCAGAUCUGGACCAUGACUUAAAUACAUCAAAGAACACUGACGCAAAUAAUCACUUCACUAAGGAGAUAAGUCUUGAAAAUAUGUUAGAAAACAUAACAAGUCCGGUUAAAAUUGACAAGAAAAUAAAAAUAAAUGUCUUACCACAUGAAAGCGAUAUGAGUAAACCAGAUAAAACGAAUAAAGAAUCAAACAUAAAACCUUUAAUAUGUUCUAAAGAUAAGUUAAAAAGUGAGCCGACUUUUGUUUCCAAAAUAGAUAACGAAAUUACUGAAACGUUAGAAGAAAAGCAAGUAAGUAGAAUUCCGCCAAGAAAAUUGGAAACUGAUAUAUCUGGAAUUGAAAUAAACGUAAGUGAAAUUGGCCUUAGUAUUUUCGCCAAAGAAAUUGAAAUUUCGAAUCCGCCACCGUUUAUAAAUGAUGACAAGGAUAGUAUAAAUGUUAAUAUAGUAGAUGUUGGUAGCAAUGACGCUAUCGUUUCAACUUCAGAAGACGGCAAUGUCUUUCAACCUGAGACUGCAUUCAGCAAUCCUACUGAUAUCGAAACUGUUAGUAGUCUGUCUACUCCUGAUAGUACAAUAACCAGCAAAGUGAAGGACGUGAACCCAAUAUCUGUUUUGUCCCUUACUAAUGAAUCAAAAAGUGAAAUGAAUUCCGAUAUUACUUCUACACAUGUUACUGAUGCAGCCAGUAAAAAUUCGUCAGAAGCAGUUCCUUCUGAAGUCGGAACAUCUGCAGAAAUAGAAUCCAUUGGCAAACUUUUAUCUAUUUUGCAAGAUAAAACUAAAAUAAAAGAACUGCUUAUUUUAUUGGGAGAUCAGUCUAGUAAAAAUGAAAAAAUAAAAAAAAAACUAGAAAAACUGAGUGAAAUUGUAUCUGACGAUGAAUCUGCAGUUGAAUAUGAUGUUGAAGUAAAAUUAAACGAUGAGAAAAAAAGCAGUAGCAAUAUAGUAGACGAUCUUGCUAGUGUGAAAUGUUGUUCUCAGGAUCUGGAAGACUUAAAAAAGAUUGACUCCGAUUCAAAUGCUCCAGAUAUUAUAGGGGAUACAGGUAAACUUGAUAGCCCUAAAAUAAGUUGUGAAUCGUUAAGCGAGCAAAAGGAAAAUAAAACAGAUAUUGUUAUGAAUUGUUCUAAUGAAAGUGAUGAUGAAACGGCAAGCUUGAUUACAGAAAAUAUUGGUAUAACUUGCGCUAAAGAAAGUAAUUGUGAACCCGAUAGCGAGCAAAAUGAAAAUAAAAAUGAUAUUGUAAAAAAAUCUUCUUUGGUAGAAGUAGAAGUUAGCGCUAUAAAUAUAGGUAUAGAGGAACAUUCCAAAAUCGUUGCUAUAAAUAACGUCACUACUGAUCAGAUUUCAAGUGAUAUUAAUACAAGUUCUUCAGAAUUCAAAGUUAUAGAAAAGAAUGUGUCUGAAUCAGGCGAAACAGAAAUAACGAAACCUAUUACAUGUGCAAUGGUUGAAAAUAAUCAGGAAAACAUUACAAUAGUAGAUGACAAGCCUGUUGCAAAAAAGACUAAAAGACGUGGGAGAGGCAAGAAAUUUAACCGUAAAAAUAAUCAAAUUGAGUUUGAAGAUAAGCGGUUAAACCGUUCAGAUGAAAUAAAUUUACAGCCAACAGAGUUGUUAGAUAAACCAGUUCCAAAAAAAAUGUCUAGAGAAUUACAAAAAUUGCAGGAAGACAUUAAAGAAAUGUUUUUAAAGGAAGAUAUGACCAGUGCUUCGGGUAUACGUACGUGUCGCAUAGCAAAAUUAGUUGAUAAAGGAAAACCUAAAGAGGAUGUUUCGUCAAAUGAGAGUAACAAUCAAGAGUCAUUGGUUGUACCUAAAAAGUGUAGUGAAGCGAAUUCAUCAGAAAUAAUGCCGGAUGCAGAAAAAAUACAAAAGAAGAAAACAGCAAAAAGCAAAAGUAAAGGUGUAAAUGGCAAUAUUUCAACAGACAAAGCACUAAGUGCGAGGAAGUCUGAAACUGUUGUAGAACUAGAUACUAAAAUCAAAUUAAAGGAAAGAAAACACGGUAGUUUAGAUCCAUAUGAUUUUGAAACUGAUUCUAUAAGCGAUAUCAACAAUGAUGAUAAUAAAAAUGAAAGUAGCUCGGAAUCUGAAAGUGAAUCUAUUGAUUCAACUAAAAGCUCUGAAAGUACUGAAUUAUCGGAAAAAAAGAAAAAAGUUAAGCGCAAGCGAGUUCGAUUAUGGCAAGCGGGAGUCAUUAAAUCAAAAAGUAAAAGAAAGAAAUUAGACCUAAUACCAGUUCCUACUACAUCAACUGAUGAUAAAUCUGAAUUAAAAACACGCAAAGUACCAGACUUUACAUGUUUUACUGAUAGGUCUUACUGUUUCCGUAAACAUGUUUUUACUUAUAACUGCCGACUUUGUUUAUAUACUGGUACAGAUAUUGUUCAUCAUUACAAAAAAGAACAUCCUCACACAGAAGUUCCACUAUCUCGAUUGAGCCCAGCUGUGGCAAAGGAAGCGAUAAAAGAAUCUGAAGAUGUUAAUUUUCAAGGAAUAAGUAAAAUAUCAUCAAAAAAAUAUGUCUGUAGGUUUUGUUUAAAAGAAUUUAGUAGAAAGAAGCGCCUUUUAGAAGCAUUUUUCUGGCAUGUUGUUAGUGUGCAUACAGGUGAAUACAAACAGACAUGCUCAAAGUGUGUUGACACUCAGGUCUGUCCAUUAGAUAUAGAUAUUCCACCGCCACCGAUAGACGCUAACGGUCAACUUUUAGGGUAUAUUUGUGAAAAAUGUAAUUAUACCCAAAUAUCAUUAGAAAAUUUAAAAACGCAUGUUAUAGUCUGGCAUAACGACGAACAAACUGCGGUGUAUACAAUUAAUUUAGCGAGUUUGUCGAAAAGUUCUUUGAAUCACCUUUUAAACAAAAGUGAUGUAAUAAGUUCUGCUUCUAAAGAGCCGCGAGUACUUAGAAGUUCUCGAUCUAAUCUAAGUAUGGCUGAGGCGAGUGAUGAUGAAAGUGACAGUACUGAUGAGAAAAUUGAUAAUCUGCAAGAAAGGCGCGAUAAAAAAGAAGACGAACCCUUCGUUGAAACAAAUAAAUCUGGUGGCAUUAAGUCUAAAAUUACAUUCGAGAGUGAUAUUACGGAUGAAAUUUCAAAUUUUAAUACUAUCGAGACUUCAUUUAAGAUCGAGUCGAACUCGAAUAUAAUUCAGGAUAAGUCUCAAUCGGAACCAGGUAAACGCGGAGAUGUGAUAGAAAAUACAGUCAUUGAAAAGCCUGAUGAGUCUUCUAUUUCCCAGGAUAUCUUUGACUAUCCUCAUUUCAAAAUUAUGUACACCGGAUCUCGGUCAAAAGUGUAUGUAUGUUGUAUAAAUGGUAACGAUUACCAUUACAAAACCUCGCUUUUGAUUUCUAUGAAAAAGCAUGUACAGCUAAACCAUACUGAAAUAUGGGAUGGAUAUUGUUUUCUUUGCAAAGUUAUAGUUACUCCUCAAGGAUCACAUAAAUUUAAGGAUUGCUUCCAACAUUUUCUGGAUAAACACCUUGAUAAUUUUCCAGUAUUAAAGGAAAUACCAGUACCACAAGAGCCAUUACCACAAACGAGUGCAUCUACAUUAAGUAUCGACGUGCCUGAGAAAGUUGUAACAAAUAAGUCGUACAUUAACGUACGGCCACUGUCAGACCUAGUGUCAAAUCUAAGUGGACCUAAACCAAAAGAUAAUAGUGGCCUUGUUUUGCCAAUCAUUGAAAGCGUCAUAAGCCUCGGUGGCAACGUAGAUCAGCCACCGCCCAGUCCUUUAUAUCCAGCGCCCAGAGCAGAGAAUUUUGAAACUUUAAUGAAAUAUAAAUACGAGGAAUUUCAAGCAGAUAUCAUGUCAAGGAAACACCGCGUUGUCUUAGAAGCGAUGAUGUCUCAAAUCAAAUUGGUACAAGUGUUCAAAUGUGCUGGUCGCUUUUGUUCCUUUACAACUGAUAAUGCAGAAGAUGCGCUUCUCCACGCUUCCACGCACAUGCGAGUUGGUGGAGUAGAUUCGCUAAACUGUGUCUAUUGUUCCUUCGACUCUUCUGGCAAUGCGAUAGAUUUGAUCACACACGUUUUCAAGUAUCACGGUUGCUGCCCUUACGUAUGUAGCAUGUGUUACUACCGUGCCGCUACUAGUCACCUGGUGCAUGCACAUAUAAAAAGAGUGCACGAUAGUUCGGGCGAUGCCGAAGUUUUAAAAUCACCAUUUCAAACUUCACCUAUUCAGGAAGAUAACAUUUUGUCAAGAGAAGCGGCUGUACCUUACUAUCUUUGUUGUGAUAAGACUUCACCAGAUGGCCCCUGUAAGUUCAAGACAUACACGCCUGGGAAAUUCGCCGAACACUUACAUCUACGGCAUGCUUCUUCCGCGGAGUUAUUUUGUUUUAUAUGUUCAGCUUCUGCACUGACGCCUGCUGAAUUGAUUCGCCAUUUAAAAACGCAUGGUCUUAAGUUGUACCAGUGUACAUGGUGUGUGUUUGGGGCUGACAAUGAGACUGAGUUACUGGCACACGCUUCGGCCCUGCAUCCCACAAGGGUACCGAAGGCGUAUCUCAGGAUCAUAACGAAUAAGGAGGGCACCUCAGAAUUCAGAGUUUUGCCUUUGGCUCAGUUAAAUAAAACCGAUGUAUCAGUUGUGGAGGUUCCGAAGAAGACCCAAGAAGAUUUUCCAGUUCGGGAAGCAGAGAGGUCGAUGGAAUUGGAGAAACUCAUUGGGCACACGAAUUUCGUAACAGAAACUAUAACGGCUUUAGAAAACAGUGCCAGUGUAACACAACAUAGUUCUGAGAUUGAGCCAGUUCCUCAGCCGGAACAUCUGGUGGAUGAUGUACGUAUUUUGGAAAAUACAGAUACCCAUAUACCAAGAGCAAUAACCCCUGUUCCUGCCGAGAUGGCGGAUAAAUCAGAGCAGUCUACUCCAAUUCUUAAAACCGAGAAACUGGAUUUUACACCAGAGAAGACUCCUCAGCUUGAACCAGAGAUUGUUUGUUUAGAUAGUGAAGACGAGGAUCCUCCAGCAAAUGUAGCAAUCCUUCCUGCACCGAGUGUUGAGAUUCCAGAAGUUACACCUCCAGUAGAGACUGAAAUAAAGAAAGUGCUGAGCACUGAACUAUUCUUGUGCUCUAAAUGCAGUAUGAUGAUGAAGUGCGGUGCGGGCUUCAGAAAACACAUCAAUGCCUGUUUCGGCUACACAUCUUGUGUUAUUCCUUGUGCACAUUGCUCGGUGUCUCUCCCGAAGAAAGACAUCGUCCCGCAUUACAAAACCCAUUGCGAUAAAACUAAGGAACCACCACCACGGUACUUCUGUCAGAAAUGUUCUAUAGGAUUUUCUAACGUCAACCAAGCCAAGGAACAUCAAUUCAUACACCACAGGGCGGAUGCGACCGAAGUGUCGGCAGUGCCUAAAACAGCGGUGCCUAAGAGCAGGCGUAAACGGUCUUUGGAGAACCGAGAAAAGGCCAUCGAACCGCCAGAAAAGCUGAAGCGUUUCGGACCGCAAGAUAUCGACAAGUUGCCGAUAAAUCCGAUUUUGGACGAUUCCGUUGUUUGUUCUCUGUGCGAGUUCAGUACAAAGGUCCGGCUCAAUAUGGUGCGGCAUUUGCAAUUGCAUGGCCUCCAGCAACCAGUCCCGCAGACGGCGCCCGUCAAUCCCGUACCGCACUUAGAGACCAACGAGAAACACUUCGACAGGAUGGUCAACCUCGCUUCCAGUUCUGUGGUGGUCCGACCCGCUGACAAGAGUAGCAAGCCUGAUACAAAUCCCUCAGUUACACUCUUGGUGCCACCAGAAGCUGUGGCUCGCUACCCAAAAUAUGUGUCCCACAAACAGCGCCUCACCUGCGGCGCAAGGGGUUGCUCUUACAUAUCUGUGGAUGAGUCAAUGAUGAAAUGCCACUGGGAAACCCUGCACUACGGCUCGAACGAUUUCCAUUGCGUCCACUGCCCCUCUUACCAGCAUUUGGACAAGUCCAGGCCGUUGACUGCCUUUAGAAUCCUGGCUCACCUGAAAAUGCACUCUGAGAAACUAUUCGCUUGCUCUCAGUGCUCUUAUUACCAUUAUCGGCGUCAAAUUCUCGAGAAACAUUUGACCGAUGUGCAUAAAGGAGGGAAUGUGAUGAUGGUUAGGGACAGUUCAGUGACGGAGACCAGUACUUUGGCCGCGGCGAACGCCAGCGUAGUGAAAGUGUCAGCUCCUACCAUGGAUUUGAAACCGUGGCAGUGUGGUUUGUGUAAAUACAAAAGCCUACUUCGUCCCGAAGUUGCAGACCACUGUGCCACAGUGCACAACUCGAAAAUGCAGUUCAAGUGUGCGUACUGUGCGUUUAGAACGUCUAAUCCUGAAAACAUAAGUAAACACCAAUCCAUGUCCCAUGUGGGCAAACCGGAGGAGAUCUUCUAUUAUUACUAUAGAGAAGGCUCAGUGCCAGAUGAUCCUGAUGGCACUACCCGAUGGCAGAAGCAAAGUCAGAACACUGUACCGUCUCAGCCAAAUGUUAAAACUGAGGACCUCAGUGACAUACCCCCAUCUUUAACAGAAACAAUUCUGCCAUCUAUUAUUCCUGCGAGCCCGGCUGUAUGUAUAGAUCUCAAUCUGGUUAAAAAAGAAAUAGAGCCCAUCCAAGAGACAAUAGAGGAUUUAUGCAAGGAGUUUGGAGAAUUUUGUGAACCGAACGGACUUAAGUACAAGUGUUCAUUGUGUAAUAAUGUUAUAGAAGACACAGUAGAGGCUAUGCAAUCACAUCUUUUCGAAGAGUUGAAAUACAGAAAGUGGGGUUGCAGUAUAUGCUCCUACAAAGCGUUCCAUAAAGAAGGAUUGGGCGAGCACAUGCAAACGGAGCACAGACAAAACCGUGAUCCUAUUGCACUGCCCGUUGACAACAGGGUAGAAACGUGGGUUACCAAACUUUUGGAACACCAAACGUCGCUCAUAGCCAAAUACAAGGAGAACUUGGCGAAGCAAAAAAUUGAGAUCCUGAGGAGUGUUCCCGGACCCUCCGCAUCGAAGCCCCAGACUCAGACACCCAAGAAACUGUAUUCUUUGCUUACCACAAAAACAUCUCCGAAUAAACCCGGUGUAGCAGAUUUGGAGAACAUGUUCGGGCCAUUUGGUGCAUCAAGCAACUCUUCAUUCUGCUGCCCCAAAUGCAAUUCUUCUUUCAACGAAGAAGAUUUGAUGCGCACCCAUUUGGAGAGUGAACUCAAUAAAAUCAGGUGGUUUUGCAGCAACUGCUCUAUGAGAUUCCAAACCUACCACGAAGCGCAGUUCCACAGUAGGAGUGUUCACAUAGGACAAGGCGCCCGACCCGUUGAGGCCACCAGAGACGCGACAGUCCGUUCCGCCUGGAUAGAGGCAGUCAUCAAAGCACAAAAGACAACAGACCUCGCGGCACAGGAAACAAACCGGGAUGGGACGUUCCACCAGAUCGAGGACAUGUCAGAACCAUCCGAAAACUCCUUGCUAGUUGUCCGCUUCGAGAAGAACAAACCAACACCUGAUGCAGAACCGGUGCGCAUCGCUUCACCUUCCGCUAAAGAUAGCGACGAAGAGACACUCAUCAUCGACGAACCUCUAGAGAGCAGGAUAAACAAGCCCGUGGAAGUUUGCCCGCACUGCAGCUAUUCGAACGGCAGCGAGAGAACUGUGCGCACGCACAUACUGCGUCACUACGGUCUCAAACCAUUCAUGUGCCCGUAUUGUAAUUUGAACGGCACGAGGAAGAGUGUUGAGAAACACCAGAAACUCUACCACGCAAAGAAACCUAUUAAGUUAGUUCCAGCAGCGGUUCCUGACGAGACGCCCAGUGAGUACAGCAAGAGGAUUGCCAGCUCUCUCAUUGACGCAUCUACCGCGAAACUCGUUUGCCUGGUUUGUCGGAAUUACUUCACGGAAGCGGAAUCUUUCGCGCAUACACACGACAAAGUUCAAGCUACCUUCGGCAAGAGGGGCGAAGUUGUAGUCCUGUGCAGCGUUUGCCAUUCCCUUCACAAAGACGUCAACGCAUACUUCAGACACCAUAAAUCGAUUCAUCCGGAACUCGAGGUUAAUUACGUGUUCAGCAAAUUGAACUCUUUGGCCAAUGAGUCUAAGGAAAUGUUAUACGCUUGCGGCAGUUGCCCUCAGAAGUUCACUCAAUUGAAAGACAUGAAAAGCCACGCGGAUUCGAAUCACGAAUCCCUGUUGAAAUACACUAUAGUACCGAAACUCAGUAAAAUACCGAUCAUUGAUUUGGAAAACGACGAUGAAGUGCAAGACAGUUCGAAACGGAAAUGUAACGACUUUUCCAUUCUGCCGCCCCCCAAAAGAACAGCAAGAAAGUCCACCACUAAAUUACCAUCGUCUACCGUCGCACGAAAAUCUACCACUAAAUUGCCAUAUAAUGUUCGCUGUGAAACUGAGGAGUAUUCGUGGUAUGGGACGAAGCCUUCAAACGAUGGUUUAGAAGAUGUGGUAGCCAUGAUGCCAUUUUAUAACAAAACGGUGGCAUUCUCGUUAAAGAAGUUGAACGAUAUUAUAAAUAUAAAUCCAUUAGUGGUCGUUGAGAAAAUUAAUAAUGUCUAAUUUUAUGUUCCUCCAGUGAGAUGUGAUUAAUUUAACGAAGCCUGAUCGGGAAAAUAAAAAACCUCGCCAUAUUGUGGAUAAAAAUGGAUUUUUUUCUACACUCAUAUGCCCGUUUUCACUAAACUUAGGAAUUGCCUUAAUCGGAUGCCAAUUGAUUUAGGUGAUUCCUAGAAAAAAAAAUGUUUCACGGACUCUUGAUGACUCGUGUUUUUUUUUUAAUAACCUUAAUUCCAUACGAAAAGUGAAAAAUACGAUAAUACAAACACAAGAACCAUAGACAAAUUAGUUUGUAUGAGUUAACGAGUGAAAAUAAUUGGUGA